AUGAUUCCUAGAUCUGCCUACCGCCAUGCUGUUGGACAGCAGCCCCGCGUCCUCCCACUUCACAGUCAAAUCUUCAGGCGACACCGUUCCACCAAGCAGCGGUUUCACGAUGCAGCGGUUGUAUCCUCGCCAUCUGCUGUCCAGCGCCCUCUGGAGGUGCCCUCCAUGGCACGGCUUCCGACUCGAUUUCUCUUGCGCUCGCUGGUCCUUACUUCGUUAAUGUCAUCGAAGCUGUUCCUCAGGCCCGCCCUUUACUUACUGAGCGUCGUGACGAAUUCGAAAUCCGCCAUCCUCAACCCCGAUCGCAAUCGAGUGCUUAACAAGCUGCUCAGGUGGACGGUUUACAAUCACUUCUGCGCUGGCACAAAUCAACAAGAGGUCUCCAAAACAGUGGCAGAAAUAAAGAGAAUAGGAUAUCAGGGGGUCAUCCUGGGAUAUUCAAAGGAGAUUGUAGUGAAUCCGAGCGAAAAGCUGGCCCGCGAUGAUUCUGGCUCAACUACCUACAGCGAGAAAUGCUAUGAGAUUGUGGAGGAAUGGAAGAAAGGAACAUUGGACACCCUACGGAUGGUCGGUGCAGGGGAUUUCCUUGCCGUCAAGCUCACCGGUGCCGGACCAAUCUCCCUAGAUGCAAUGGCAGAGCAAAAGCCGAUGCCAGCCGUUCUGGCAGAGGCCAUGGAUGAAAUUUGUGUCGCUACUCGAGAGCAAGGGUCACGGCUGUGGCUAGAUGCUGAGCAGCAAGUCCUGCAGCACGGACUUGACAACUGGGCCAUUGAGAUCAUGCAGAAGCACAACCAAUCUACCACACCACUGGUAUACAACACAAUCCAGGGCUAUCUGAAAGGAUCCAAAGCAAACCUUGAUCGGCAUCUCAUCGCAGCUGCUGAACGUAACUUUGCGGUGGGAAUCAAACUGGUUCGGGGAGCCUACAUUGAACACGAGACCCGGUCUCUUAUCCACGACACAAAGGAAGACACAGAUCAUUCAUAUGACCUCAUAGCAGACUCGAUGCUUUGUCGAAGAAUGCCCGAAAGAACUGAUCUCGCUUUUCCGGACGCAGCCCUCUUUCUUGCCACACACAACGCUGCCAGCGCCGCAAAGGCCAUUGCGAAGCACCAAGAGCUUCUCCUUGCGAAGAAGCCAACAAUUCUUCUCGAGUGCGGCCAGAUCCAAGGCAUGGCAGAUGAGUUGAGCUGCGAGCUCGUGUCAAGUUAUGAACGGGCUAUGAAAGAAUCCAAAGCUGCGAGUGUCUCGGUUCCUAAGGCAUUCAAGUGUAUGGCUUGGGGGUCCGUGGCGGAAUGCAUGCAAUACCUUCAUCGCCGGGCUAUCGAGAACAAGGGCGCAGUAGAGAGAACUCAGCAUAUGGUCGAGGCAUUGCGACGAGAGCUGUGGCGCAGGAUUGUUGGUUAA